GCAAGCCGUCAGUGUGCCUCUGACAGCCGAGACGUCAGUGAGCAAUAGUCACCACGAGUAUUUAACUAUUUUUUUUCCACAAUAUUUUUUUUUUAACUGACAUUACGCCCACCGUACUACUAAUCCGCGUGGCGCGUUCAACUGUCAAACGUUACUCAUAUUUUUUUUUAUUACCCCAAUAAUAAAAAAUUUUUUCUAUAUAUGUAAUUUAUAAUCGUUAUUUUUAAACUUGUGAUCAAACUGGAUUACUCUUUUAAUUUAAUAGUUACGUAAAAAAGUGCAAGUGAUUUAAUAUUAAUAGUAAUAAUAAAUAUAUAAAAUCGUUAUGGAUUUUUAGUAAAUAAAUUUUUUUUUUGUUAAUUAAAAAUGUCCAGAGGAUUUAAUUUAAUGAAAUGUGCAGGGAGUGGAUUUUAUCGUGAAGAUUUUAAUUUUAAAAGUUGAAGUUUUUUUUUUUUUUUUCGAUUUUUUACCCAAAAUUAUUUGGUAUUUUUAUACAAAUUAAUUGAUAGUAAUAAUUAUAAUUAUAAUGAUGGAGGCAGCAAAAGAAGCAUUCGCGUCAUGCAAUUACGGUCUCGCUGUUGAAAUGUACGAGCGGAGUAUGAAGCAGCAGUCGCCGAAUCUGGAGCUUUUGAUUGGAUAUGGAGACGCAUUGGCGCGAUGUGGUAGAAUUCGGGAUGCAGUUGACGUGUUCGCACGUUGUGUGACCCUGGCACCGUUGCCCUUAGAACGGCUCAAGCAUUUAACCUUAGCUCUGCUGGAGGAUAUAACGGGGGCCACACCGAUAACCGCGGGGACAACGAUGGCCGCGGCGACUGUGAUGGGCAAGCGGCUCUUGUACGAGACAUCCUUUUCCUGUCCCACGUGUGAGGGUACUCUUAGCCAACCGGUGACCAGCGGAUGUGGUCAUACCUACUGUAGAAACUGCUACGAAACAGGGAAAUCCUGUCGCGCGUGCGGACAAAAGCUCGGUCCGGUCACCGAGACCAAUGUACUUGUGCAGAGACUUGUGGAAAAGUGGUGGCCCAGGGAGGCCGAGGCCAGCAGGGCGAGGCACGAAGGUGAUCUCCUUUUGAAGGAUGGACAUCCGGCUCAAGCUCUCGAACGUUACGAUCUCGCAGUACGACUCGCGCCCAACAGUCCACUGCACUUUAGCAAUCGAGCCAACGUUCUACUCAUCUUAAACAGGCCGCAGGCAUCACUAAACGAUGCCGAUCACGCCGUACGUCUCCGACCCGACUGGGGAAAGGGUCACUAUAGAAGAGGAGUUGCAUUAUCAGCUCUUGGAAGGCAUGAAGAAGCUUUUGUAGCUUUUUGUACUAGUGUAGCUAUUGAUAAAAAUGCUCAGAAUAUUCGUCACGAAAUAACAAGAGUAUUACAUCGUGUGUUAUUAAAAUUACGUCGAAGUACAGUAGCGACGCGAGGACCAUACGUUUUUACUGAAAGUAGUGUAAGAUUAAGAAGAACUCGUGAUCAUCACCAUCAUCAUAAUCACCACUACCACAAUAAUUAUCGCGCAUCACGAGCUUUAAAUUCAAGUCAACGACAUCGACGUCCGGCCCUUAAUUCAUCAGACUGUGAAGAUAAUAGUAGUAGUGAAGAAGAAUUUACUCAGGCAAUAUGCCGGAGGGUAAACAACAAUAUACCUCAAGGCAACGUUAAAUUACAUAUUUUACUAGACCGUAUUUAUCAGGAAGUCGAAAAAUUAAAAAGAAUUGAACCGAUGCCAGCUGAAAUUUUACUUCCGCCAUUGUCAGGAAGUAAUGCCGUAGCUACAGGUGAUUUGGAUUGCAUUUUGUGUUGCCGUUUAUUAUGGAAACCUGUUACAACACCUUGCGGACAUACAUAUUGUUGGAUGUGUUUAGAUCGAUGUCUCGAUUACUCAUCAGCAUGCCCACUGUGUGUUACAUCUCUCGCUGAUUACUUGGCAAGCAACCAAAAGACAGUAACAGAGUUUAUAGAGAAAGCAUUGAAGACAAUAGCGCCAACGGAAUAUUCAUCGCGAGCGACUAAUCAUAGACUUGAAUUGAUCCAGGACUUGGGACUUUUAGGCAACAAUCAGCACAACAUCGCGGUGUUUGUCUGCACAACAGCAUUUCCGUGUGUCGCAUGCCCGUUGUUUGUUUACGAACCGCGAUACAGACUGAUGGUACGACGUUGUGUUGAGAGUGGGGUCAGGCACUUUGGCAUUGCCGCUUGCCUCAAUCGCGAAGCCACAGGUAGCAAAAGGUACGCGGAGUAUGGAACGGUUUUGGAGAUAAAAGAUAGAGUUUUAAUGAAAGAUGGAUGUAGUAUUUUAAGCACCAUGGGCGGAAGAAGAUUCCGAGUGCUAUCUGGCGGUGAGAGAGACGGUUAUGAUACCGCGGAAGUUGAACUAAUUCGUGAUUCACCGAUUCCAUCAGAAUCUUUGUCGACUGUUAGAGACCUUCAUGAUAAGGUAUGGUCAAAAGGUAAAAAGUGGUGGUCAAGUGUAUCAGCAGUCCAACAGGAAGAAAUAGAACGAGUAUUUGGCGUAAUGCCAGGACCCGAAGAAGACUGGAUUCGUUUACCAGACGGUCCCUCGUGGACGUGGUGGAUACUGGCGAUAUUGCCACUCGGACCGCAACUCCAGGUCGGCAUUCUGGGCACCACCAGCCUGGAGAAACGUCUCAGGGCCAUCGAAAAGACUUUGAACCACAUGGAGAAGAGACAAUUAACAAUAACAGCAGCUCCUGCCGAAGACACCACCACGUCUUCGAGUAUUUGCCAAGACGACAAUGAUCUUACUCACUCUUCUGUUUCAGUCAUGCACUCCUAAUGCCCAACAAUAACUAAUUACUCUCUUCACAAUCAUUACUCUUAACUAAUUAACGUAACUUUUAUUCUGUACUAUUACAGAAUAACAUUUUUUGUCACAUUUAUACAAGCGAUAAUCAGACUGACAAUAGCUUCGAUAUUUAAUUAAAAUUUAUUAAAUUAUUUUAUCUAUCUCGCCAUAAAAAAUAACGACUACUCUUUUAUUCUCUUAAAUAAUAA